GCCUGAACUCAAGCCCCGUGCCAACAAAAUGGUGAUUUCAGUUUUAGCAACUUGAUGUAACCGCAUGGAGACGGCUUUCUUGAAGAGACCAAUGUCUGCAAGCAACCCUCGCCCAUCGUCGUAUCUGACCGGCCUGAAAUCCUACAUUUCCAAACAGAACCUUCGCACAGUGAUAUCCGCUCGUCGAGCGCCCAGACCAGGAGAGAGUGGUUAUGUUGAUGGGCGGACCACGACGCUGAGUUGGAGUCAGUGGGCGGGUCAAAAAAUCAGACGGAGUGGACCAGAUGUAACAACCACGGACGAAGUGACUCUAUUUCCUGGCUGGGCAUCUCUGUGUCCUGCGAGUGAACAUGAGGAUGAAAAUGCAUUUGACUUACUUGUUUAUGUCUCGGGUUAUGCGACGACACGCAGGCCGCCAGAGUGUCUUACCCGUUCUCAGCGUGCGUUUCUAAGACUGGCUAGAGGUUAUGCAUCCCUACCCAAACUACCGGGUCAACAGUCGCCCCUCAAAGGAUCAUCUAUGAUAGAAAUCGAUGGCAUCAGGCUACCUCCCCGUCCAGGCGACAUAGCAGAUGACUUCGAGAUGGAACUAGACAAAGAAUUCGAACACAUGAGGGACCUACAAAAGGCUCAACUUACCGAAGAAACCUAUGAAUCCGAGUCUGAGCCUCAACCGACACCUUCACGUCCAAGUUGUGAAACAUCAGCGCCGUUUGUGAACGCUCCACUGCAGAAACAGCACACAAACCUCGAGGCGCGUUUGCGACCAUUUUGGUCAUCCGUGUUAUCAUCCCGCACAAUCCAAAUAUCCAUUUUUGCCGUACCUACUGUCUCAGGCGAUAUCGAUUCGAAACGUGACGCUCUCGAGGAUGGUCCGCUGUACACUGAACACCUAGUCACUGGACCAGACGGCGCCUUUGCAAACCCCUUUAAGAUCCCCUGGCAAGAAUUAUGCAGGCAUCCUAUAGCACAGCACAGACCAUCCGAGAGAUCGGACAUAAAACAUGAGCUACUCAUUUCUGCAAAGCUGUUACCCGAGCCUGCGCCCACACCCGCAUACCUGUUCCACACAGACGUUCCAAGGAACAUUUCGGUGGUCGUUCCAAUCACAUCUUCACCUAUCCGUGUAAUAACAGACAUAGACGAUACAGUCAAGCUCUCAAAUAUCACGAGCGGCGCUCGUGCCGUCUUCCGCAAUGUUUUUGUCAAGGACCUCGAGGAGACGACUAUUCCAGAGAUGGGGACAUGGUACCAGUCAAUGUGGGAACGAGGCGUUUCCUUCCAUUACGUCUCUAAUUCUCCAUUUGAACUGCUCCCAGUCAUCAAAGAAUUUUUGCAGAUAUCCGACCUCCCGCGGGGAUCUAUUGCCCUUAAAUCUUAUAAUGGUAGAUCCUUCUUCAAUGCCCUUCUUUCUGAUCCUGCCACCCGCAAACGUGCAAACGUGGUUGAAGUCCUUGAUGGUUUUCCUGACUCGAAGUUCAUCCUGAUUGGGGAUUCAGGCGAGCAAGAUCUGGAGCUGUAUGCAUCUAUUGCCAUGGCGCGUCCGCAGCAGAUUCUGGCUGUGUUCAUCCGAGAUGUACACGACACAGGGCUUGCAGAUGCUACAGGUAGUUUGGCGAGUCUCAUGUCCUUGCAGGCUUCUGGGCCAGCCAAGAAGACGAGCUUGCCAGCACAAACCUUUGCUACUCGUCCACACCCCCUUCGUUCGAUGUCUGACACGGACACUUUGAAAGAGUCGGGGCCAUACAUCGCAAAACCGGGACCGUCCGUGAAGAAGAGACCCACCUCCAAAUUUACCUUGCCCCCCCAAUCAUUUUCCUCAUUUGAUAAUCCCGCAAAUGCAGAUUCCAAAACCAAACCAAGGAUGUCUGUAGAUUCCAUAAGCUCGGCUGGGUCGAGUUCCAGCUCUUUGUCUUUGCGCAACUUCAGACGGGCGACGGGUCAGACUACGUUGCCUAUGACGGAGGCGGAGAGGAAACGUCUCGAGCUGCAGAACCGCGUAAACAAAGCGAAAUUAAUGAUGAGGCAUGACAUCGUUCUGCGGGUGUUCAAGCUCCCGGAAGAGUGUAUAGAGACUGAGCGACUUCUAGAGCCACUGAAAGAUAAUAUCCGAAGGAGGAAUAUGGCCUAACUGUAAUUUAUGCAUCGAGCUUUCAUGUAUGGGUAAUAAUGAUCCACGGGUAUAUGGAUACAGUCUGUAUGU